AAUAAAUAAGGGGGAAAAAAAAGAAAUUACACAAAAAUAUCCCCAGGAUCGCCAUGGACAGCAUCAACAAUGAUGACGAGAAAACCCUAAUCGAAACCUUCAUCAGCAUCACCUCCGCCUCUCGAGAAGAAGCCCUCUUCUUCCUCGAGAGCCACAAUUUCGAGCUCGAGCCCUCGAUCCACUCAUUUUACGAGAACAGCCCCAUCGAUCAACCUCUUCAAGAUCAAGAAUUCGAACAAGUUGAGGACGAGAUCCCUCAAUCGGCGCCGCCGCAGGUGGAGGUGCCGGCAGUGAGCGAGAGAAAGGAGGAGAAGAAGAAGAAGACGACGACGGGGGGAGCGAGUUCGAGUGGACGGAUACGGACGCUUGCGGAUUUGAAUCGGAAGGAUGAUGAUGGAUCGGAUAGUGAUGACGAUGGGCCGCAGGAGUAUUAUACCGGAGGAGAGAAAAGCGGGAUGCUUGUUCAAGAUCCUACAAAAGGAGGUCAUAAUGUUGAUGCAAUAUUUGACCAAGCUAGGCAAAUGGGAGCCACACAGGGGCCUUUUGAGCAAAAUCCAUCUUCGAGUUCGCGAAGUUUUACUGGGACUGGUAGACUUCUUUCAGGUGAAACAUUACCAGCUGCUCCUCGACCAUCUGAGAAUGUUAUCCACAAUAUAUAUUUUUGGAGUAAUGGAUUUACUAUUGAUGAUGGACCACUGAGAAGGUUUGAUGAUCCUGCAAAUGCAGCAUUUUUAGAGAGCAUCAAGAAGUCACAAUGCCCUCAAGAACUGGAACCAGAAGAUAGGAGGUCCACUGUGCAUGUUAACCUCGUAAGGAGGGAGGAAGCCUGUCCUGAACCUGUGAAACGCCUUUCUCCAUUUCAAGGAGUAGGAAGAACUCUCGGUGGUGGAUCUUCUUCUACUGAGUCUGUUGUUGCUGUUGCUGCUUCUUCACCAUCUUCUGCUGCUCCAGUAGUAGUUGAUGAUUCUAGACCUGUUACCUCGAUACAACUAAGGUUGGCUGAUGGCUCCCGCACAGUUGCACGCUUCAAUACUGACCACACAGUAGGCAAUAUCAGGGCAUUUAUUGACAAUCAUGCAGCAAGCAAUGGGAGAGCAGUGUCGACAAAUUAUAGUUUGCAGACUGCUGGCUUUCCACCUAAGAAGCUUACUGAUGCUACCCAGACUAUUGAGCAGGCUGGACUCGCCAAUUCAGUUGUGAUUCAGAAGCUUUAAGCAGUGGUAAAAGGUAUUUUUGCUCCUGCUUUGUUCAAGGAUGUUGAAAGUUCCAAACAUGACUUGCAGUAAGUUGAGCAGAUAUUGCCUGAACGCGGGUAUGUUUGUUUGAAGUAUUAAGGAUGUUUUUAUGGAGCAAAAUCGUUAUGGUUCUUUAAUUAUUACGUAUCUGAACAGCAUAAUGCAGCUGGAUGUGGCUCUCGUGCGAUAUAUCUAUAAUACUCUGGUAGCAUCAGCUUCAAGUUA